AGUAGCUCUGCUUUAUAAAGAGCAGAUCAUGUACUAUCGUAAGUGGACCUGUGUCCUGAUGGUUUAUCUGUACCGAUGCGCCGCCCUCUGGUGAACACAUCAUAGAAACGCUGCUGUCACGUUCUGAUCUCCCGCGACGUCACCGCACCGGAACGGCAAAGAAUUCCACUAUUCUGAAUUUUAUAAAAUAUAUAACUCAGACCUGUAGAAAUGGAGAAGCAGGUUGUGGAUGGGUUGAGGGAAGUCUUCCAGUCAGGCAGGUCCAGACCGCUGCAGUACAGAAAACAGCAGCUCGGAGCCCUGCACCGCCUCAUCACUGAACACCAAGAAGACAUCGAGCAAGCUCUAAAACAAGACCUCAACAGGAAUACAUAUAACACUUCACUCUUUGAGCUGAUCAGCAUCGAGAAUGACAUCAAGCUGGCGGAAAGCGAGAUGGCAGACUGGGCAGCUCCUCGGCCUGUGAAGAAGAAUCUCAACAGCGCACUGGACGAUGUUUACAUAAAGCCUGAACCUUUGGGCGUUGUGCUGAUAAUUGGAACCUGGAACUACCCUUGGGCCAUGAUCCUGCAGCCCCUGGUUGGAGCUAUUGCAGCUGGCAACGCAGCUGUGUUGAAACCCUCGGAGCUGAGUGAGCACUCUGCUAGACUUAUGAAAGAACUGCUUCCUCUAUAUCUAGAUAAGGAGAUGUAUCAAGUGGUGACAGGAGGGGUUCCAGAGACCCAGGAGCUGCUGAGGCAGCGUUUCGACCACAUCUUCUACACCGGGAGCAGCGCGGUGGGGAAACUGGUGAUGGAAGCAGCAGCUCGUCAUCUCACACCAGUGACUUUAGAACUGGGUGGAAAAAGCCCCUGUUAUGUUGACAAGAACUGUGACAUUGCUGUGGCAUGCCGACGAAUAACCUGGGGGAAGUUUGCAAACUGUGGCCAGACAUGCAUUGCCCCUGACUACAUUCUGUGUGAGCCAAGCAUCCAGGACAGGAUAGUUGAAGAGAUUCAAAAAACACUACUGGAGUUCUACCAAACGGACCCUAAAAGCUCUCCAGAUUAUUGCCGAAUCAUUAAUACACGUCACUUUGACAGAGUAUUGGCUCUAAUGAAUGAAUGCACUAUUGCUCUUGGAGGAGAGAGUGAUCGCUCACAAUGUUACAUAGCUCCUACGGUUCUGAAGGAUGUUUUACCCCAUUUCAAAAUCAUGCAAGAAGAAAUCUUUGGACCACUGCUGCCAAUCGUCACUGUUAAUGGCUUGAGUGAGGCCAUACAGUUUAUCAAUGCAAGAGAAAAGCCAUUGGCGCUCUAUGUGUUUUCAUCUGAUAAAACGGUGAUUAAGCGAAUGUUGGCUGAAACCAGCAGUGGAGGAGUGACUGUUAAUGAUGUCUUGAUGCAUUACACUGUCGAUACCUUACCUUUUGGAGGUGUAGGAAACAGUGGAAUGGGCAGAUAUCAUGGGAAACACACGUUUGACCAGCUGAGUCACCAUCGUGCCUGUCUCAUCAAGUCUUUUGCUAUGGAGGGUUUGAAUGACGCACGUUACCCUCCACUAACAGCAGCCCGAUUGCGCAAGGCCAAGUUUUUCAUGCAGCAUCGCUUGUGCAGCUGCAGUGGCAUAUGUGUGUGGGCUGUCAUCGCAAACCUAUUGGCAAUUGGUCUGCUUGUUGCCUUAAUAGUUGUGCUGAAUGUGAACAUAUUGGUAUAAAAAAAAAAAGAAAAAACCUUUUACAGCUUAUGACAUGGCAGUGUUGUUUUCUUGAUUCUGAUAUGUGACCCUGAAGCACAAAAGCAGUCUUAAGUAGCACUGGUAUAUUUGUAGCAAUAGCCAAAAGUGCAUUGUAUGGGUCAAAAUGAUCGAUUUUUCUUUUAUGCCAAAAAUCAUUAGGAUAUCA